AUGAGCGAACACGGGCAAAGGAAAAGCCCACAGCGGCCGUUGGCUCCUCGCCCUUCUAUUCUUCAACAUGUUCCUCAGAAAACCAUCAAGAAGACGAAAACCAGAAUAUCGAACGCCUGUACUGCUUGCAAGGCUCGAAAGACGAAGUGUGAUAAUAACAAACCGAAGUGCACUGCCUGUACAGCCCGACCUAACAGCGAAUGCGUAUAUUUCCCAUUUCUCGAUAAAAGAAAACGACAACAUUCUACAAACAAUCGCGAUUCUAAAGCUCGGGAACAUGAAAUUCUUAACAAGAUUUUCAAUGCAACGAAGUACUGCUCAAAGGAAGAACUGCCCAAAUUACUGGAGUUGAUCCGGGGCGAUGCAUCGAUCGAACAAAUUGCAGAAUAUAUUCAGGAUAAACUCGAGGAUGGGGACCAAAUGACAAUCGAUGAUGAACUAGCUGAGUCUUCUCUGGAAGACGAAAGCACGAGGGGGGAUCAUGGAGAGAUUGAAAAUGAAAUUCCUUCCUCACCAUCGACAGCACCAUCAUAUCACCGAAGCAGACGUAGCAAAACCAUCGACGCCAUGGACAUCGGUAGUAUUGUUCAAAUAUCGAUACCGGAUGUACCCUCACAGCCUUGGACAAAUGUUACGACAAAUGACGAAUUCGUUUCCCAUUUGAUACAAUUGUAUUUUACCUGGGAAGCUCCAGUCUACGACUUCGUUGAAAAGGCCCCGUUUAUAUCUGAAAUGCGGUCUGGUAACCCCGUCAAUUCGCGAUACUGUUCCCCGCUUCUCGUUAACGCCAUGCUCGCCACUGCUUGUAGAUAUUCCGACCGAGAUGCUUCCUUUGAAGACAGAAUGGACCCAGAGUCCUGCGGCAAUCAUUUUUUCGAAGAAGCGAAAAGGCUUUGGCAAGCCAGUUCUCAGUCUACAUCCUUAACCAAUAUGCAGUCCCUCGUUAUAAUGCACUAUUUUGAGGCACACAGAGCAAACGAUGGCGUUGGGAUCAACUAUUUUGAUGCGGGUAUGAAUAUGUACCAAGAACUGGCUUCGGGCAUUUACGAUAGCGGCGAGGCCGUUGAAUCGCCUUUGCAACUUUCAUGGCCAUGCUGGAAACUCUGGAUCUGUCGAUGUUUUGCCUCCCUAGUUUUGCGAGAGCCAUACUUUCUCUCCCCGCCAAACCUACCUGAACCUGCGAUGCCGGAUCAAGUCGAUCUCAACGACACAUGGCAUCCGUAUCCACAAUUGACGAGAUCCCGCCCAUUUCAAAAAAUGGAAACCGCGCGUCAGUGCAUCGAGCUCGCAAAAGUAGUACAAACAGCGACCGUAUACCUGUAUUCCAACAACGCAACGAAAUACGAACCAAGCGGCAUUCUCGACAUUCAUCAACAAUUUCAGGCCUGGUAUGAAGGAUAUUUGAACACAGUAAAUCGAACGGACAGUAAUCUUGGGCCGAACAUGACAUUACGUAUAUGGUAUCACGCCCUCGAGCUCCAUCUAUUCCGGGGUAGCAUAUCGGAUACUGCCCCAGUAUGCUCAGAAAAUACCAAAAUGAUCUCAUCAGCGCUCGAUAUUAUUUGCAACAGUGCCAAGUUACAAAGGACCUACUUCCAGUUAUACGGCGCAAAGGCUACCAUUUUACUUACCUACAACUCCUUCCAAUCGGCAUUAUUUACAUUAUACUUUUUAGAAUUUCAAGAGUAUCACGAGGCUUUUAUUGAACAUGUCAAGAUGUUAUCCCGGCUGGCAAAAAAGAGAGGAAUGUCCGCAUUUCAACUCUAUAUCGUCAAGGUACUAGCAAGGAGAGAGGAAAUCCAGCUCCCUAAUGAGGUAUUGGAAAUUUUCCAAGGGCUUGAGCCGGCAAGAUUGAAUUUUGAGAGACGACUUAGCAAAAUCCCAGUGCCGGCGCUGAGCUCGAAAGCUGCGACAUUGAUUAAGUUUAAGGAGGAAUUGUUGAGUGUACAAGCUAUGGCCACGGAGACUGGGUCUCCAUUGUUGGAUAUUGAUUCGCGUUCAUCAGAAGAUACUAUGAGGAAAUCCUCACUUACAAGAUUGUUCGACGAAAUAGAUCCCGUACUCGGGGGCUUAUCAGACUUCUACCAGCAGAUGCUCACUCUCGAAGACAAGGGUUGA